AGUAGCAAUUGCCGGAGUGAAAUUCUGAAAACGCCUUUAAGGACAACUACGUUGUACCCUGGCCAUAACAGGUAUUGUUGGUGACGUCAGCAAGGUAUACAACUCGUCCGGCUCCUUGCGUGCACAGUUCCUGAUUGAAAUUGGCAUAAAUAUGUGAUGAUUUCUUCGCUGAAAACUCAAAACAAGAACACCUGGCGUAUUGCAACAGGGACCAAGAAGUCGACUGUGAGUGCGGAGCAUAAAUCAAAUCUGGGGUCGUCGCAACCUACGGCAAGAGAGUGAAAAGACUGAUUGUUCAAGCCACGUCGUAGGUUGAGGUCGCACAUAUCUACCGGAGUUAAAAGCUACAAUGACGACAAGGGGCAAGGACAAGGGGUGUCGUAUAUGUGGAGGGGCUCUACAUGGUAACCAAAGGCGAUGGCUGUUUGGAGGUCAGAAGAAGGGUGGUCAGCCACAAACUGCAAAUGAUUCCCACUCGAAAGGAAGUCUGGCGAGUUCUUCCUGGAGCAGCCCAUUGGGAAGCACUCUUUCACUGGGCUCAUCUCGCUCUCUCUCAAAGUCUCCCUCCCUGUCAUCCCUCACUAGAGGAGGUGACUUGCUUGCUAUUCUAACACACAUAUUAGGGCAUACUGUACCAAGGGGAGAUAGGCGGGGGGAGUUUUUGUGUGGGAAAUGUGUGUCGGUUUUAGAGAACAUAUUUAAAUUUGACACUGUCAUUGCUCGAGUCAAAGUCUUAUCACUGGAGAGGCUGCAGAAGCUGAAUCAGGAGAGGAACAAGGUCAGAACGUGGGUGUGCAGUGUAUACAGGCAGCACAACCCCCAGGAUCAGAAAAUGGGAGGGGGCUCCAGCGAGGAAGAGGAUGGAGAAGGAGGUGGUAGAGAGACAGGUGUAGGGGAUGGAUAUAAGGAGUUGCUGAGGAAAAAUAUGGCUCUGUCUGAAUUUGAAUGCUGGUCAGAAAAAUGGGACUCCUGUCCCUAUUUCAGGAGAACGGGUAAGAGAUGCAAGAAGGGCAAAAACUGUGAAGGGUGUGACUCUCUGAGGGUGUCUGAUUCGGACUAUGAGUCAGUAUGCGGAGUUCCCCGUCGCCUACCCUGUCGUUCUUUCUCCCCAUUGCCCCUCUCUCGGGAUAAAUCCCAAAGCAUGCCACUGCAGUGGUCAAGAGUAUCAUCUGUCAGCUCCAGUACACUCUCUCGGGGUAGCUCUUGCUUGUCCUUACCUGGGCCUUCUCAUGCGGACUCUGUCCAAUCCCUGGACUCGCUGGAUGGUAAUGACCCCUUCGAUUGGUCAGAGGAGCCCUCUGUUAACUUGGAAAAAAUGCUGAGAGAGUUAAAACAUAUAAUGGCCAGGCCAGUCAGCUCUCCAGUAGGGAGCCGGAUUCCAGUUUUGGACAGAAUGAAGAGAGGUCUUGCGGAAGGUGCAGCAGAUCCAUCGCAGAUGACAGUAGCCAGGGUGCUGAGUUUUGGAGAGGGGGAUGAUCUGGGAGAAGAAGUGGAUGGAGAGACCAAAGAUGCUUUGACUGAAUUGAGAGAUGAAUUUAUCCCUUUACACAGAGAGAGAAAUUCAAGUCAGAUGCACAUUGCUAUCAGGCAGCUUAAAGCACAAUUGGAUCAAGCUCUUGCACACAUCAAGACCCUGGAGUCACAACUCAAGAGUGCAAGCACACCUACACGGAGUGAAGGCGGUCAGUCAAAUGAAUGGACCGUGCCCCCACACAUGGACAGUGAGAAGAUGCUGCUUCAGACCAUGGGUGACACACUGCACUGCAGGGAGAAGGUCAUACAAGACUGUAUGGCUUGCAUCACUGAGCUGUGCAUUGGGGCUGGAGUCAGUGCAGACGUCAGCAACAGGCUGAUAGACGAACUGGCGAACACACUUAAAACCAUUCAGAGAGACUCUGAGCGAGCCCUGGAGUCCAGGUUGUUGGAGCUGAAAGAGAGGGAGCAGGGGAUGGAGAGAGAGAUGGAGGCUCUGAGACAGGCUGCAAGUGAGAGAGAGAGAGAUCUGAACAUGCUAAACACGGUGUUGCUGUGUAACCAGGACAUCAUCAAUGAGCUGCGGGUGGAACUGGGAGAACGGGACAAAGUGCAGAGGGAGGAGCAGCAAGAGACGGAGGUGCGGAGAAAGCGAGACCAGGCCAUGGCAGCCCUUCUGACGGAGAAAGAAACGCUCACUAGCUGCCUGAAGGAAGCGCUAGAGAGCUCUCGGAGAGAUGUUCAGGCUCUUUCAGACUCUGUGAUUGGCCAAGGGGUGUCGGGGGGUGGGGCUGAGGGUGCUCUGGCCUGUCAGCUCAAAGAGAAGGAGACAUUGCUUGCAGGCUGGCUGACAGACAGAGAGGAGGAGAGUGCUACUCUGUGGCAGGAGGUUACACGACUCACUGAAGUCCUGAACGACAGUGAGACACUGAUGCAGACGCAGAGAGCCAGUCACAGUGAGACCGUGUCCACACUAUCCGAGCAGCUGAGAGAUGCACAGGAGGCCCUGCGGCAAAGAGCGAGAGAGAGCAAGGAGACUGAGAGGAAGCGACAGAAAGAGAGAGAGGAGAGAGAAGGGGAGCUGAGGAAACUAAGGCAGAGUCUGGAGAAGAGGGAUGAGCUAAUACAGCAAGUUCUCUUGGACUCUGAGCAGCGGGACCAACAGCUUAUGGAACUGCAACAGAGAAUCCUGACCAAAACAGCACCUCAGACUGCCCUUAAACACACGCUAUGAGGGUGAGGGGAGCAAAGAUCCAGGGAAAAGUUGCACUACUUGCUAUGCACCAAGUAUUUGCUUCAAUAUGCACACACAGGCUAUUGGACUUGUUCCAAGUGUACGUUUUUCUGAAUGCAAUUUACUAUCAUGGGAUCUUAACACUUGCGCAAGAGAGAGGAUUGAUCACAGUUUUGCAUUCUGAAUCAAUAGUAAAGUUUCAAGGGGAUUUAUUUCCUUUUUGUGAAUUUUCUGUUUUUAUUGAAAUUGGUGGAAAUUCAUGAUGCAUUUACAGUGGUCUGAAAAAAGGAUCAUUGUGUUUAUUAACAAUGUGAUGCUGAAUGGGCCGCACGGCGGUUGCAGUGGGUAGCACUGUUGCCUCACAGCAAGAAGGUUGUGGGUUCGUAUUUCAGCUUGGGCCUCUCUGUGUGGAGUUUGCAUGUUCUCCCCUUGGGUUUCCUCCGGGUACUCCGGUUCACCCCCACAGUCCAAAGACACGCAGGUAGGCUAACUGGAGACUCUAAAUUGCCCAUAGGUAUGAGUGUGUGAGUGAAUGGUGUGUGUGCCCUGCGAUAGAUUGCUGGCCUGUCCAGGGUGUAAUCCUGCCCCUCGCCCAAUGCACGCUGGGAUAGACUCCAGGACCCCCCGGGCAGGGGCAGGGCAGGGCAGUGACCCUCCCCAGGACAAGUGGGUAUAGAUGAUGGAUGGAUGGAUGAUGCUGUAUGAGUAUGUGGUAAGAUUCACUUUAGACCCCUGUUACUCAAAUCACGGCCCUUGAGGUCCAAGAACUACUGGUUUUCCACCCUCCCUCCCUUUACCUGCGUGUCAAUACAGUCUGGCCAAUCAGAAGCACUAAUUGUUCAGUUAUUUACCUGGGGGAAAAGAAAACCACGACUGGAUUUGGAUUCGAGGUCCAGAUUUGAGUACCCAUGCUUUAGACUUUAAGUUAGCUUCCAGUAUAAAGAUACCUCAUUGAUACUGGAAGCAAUACCAGCUCGUAAAACAUUAAUUUGGGUGGCCUUUCCAUGCUCUUUUCCUUCUAUUCAUGUUUGUCAUUUAGAACACCAGUGUUCUGGGGUUAUGUCUAGUAGUGAAUGAAUGGUUUACUUUCACUGUUUAAAUUUAUUUUAUUUUUAAAUCAACAGUAACUUGCUUUAACCAAUUAGCACAAGCACAGCAUCCAAUUGAUUAUAUUUUAUGGAAGCUGCUUUAAGAGAACAGUCUCACAAUCUGUGCUUUAACAAUGCCCUAAUAACUUAUGGCAGGGCUGCCCAACCCUGUUGCCAGAGACGUCCUUCAGCUUUACAUUUCAACCCUAAAUUGGCACACCUGAUUCUACUAAUUAGCAAUUCAACGAAGUCUCUAUCUGUUGAAUGAGGUGUGCUUUGUCAGGGUUGAAAUGAAAACCUACAGGACGGUAGAUCUCCAGGAACAGAGUUUGGCAGCCCCGACUUUGGGAAUCGCAAGAGUUGUUGCACAGUUUGUCCUGUUGAUGGCAUAGUUACGCUUUGAUACUGUGCUAGGGUCUAGGGUAUAUGUUUGGGCCAUAGAAUACCUAACAAGACCGAGCAGUCUAGAAAUGUGUAAAUUAUUUUGCUUGGUUUGAUUUUGCACAUUCAUGUUUUUUUAAUUUGGGAUUUUAACAGGGAAUUUGAAUACACUUUGUGAUAUUCCGUAUUGUAUAUACAGAAAUUUACAGAAAAGUCACAUGAAAAAAAAUCCUAAACUCCUCAACUUCCUCACUUUUGAAUAGUCAGCAUGUCUUAUUACUGUUAUCAGUGGGUGGUAAUUACACAUGCUUAUUUUCAUUACUUUUUAAGAGUAUCACUGCCAUACUUUGUCAAUGUAGUUCACAAAUGGAAACACGCACACACACACGCAUAGUAUGGGUAAUGACAGUUGUUGACAGAUUUUAUACUGUACCUUUUAAAAGACAGUGUACACUCUAAAUACCCGACAAGUACCUAUGCAAGCAAUGACUUGAAUCAAACAAUUAAGUCAUUGUAAUGGAGGUAGAAUGAAAACUAGCGGACCCUGCAGUUUUCCAGCACUGACAUAGUGCUUACUUGCUCUUUAUCAUUUUAAAAUAACACACUUAGUUGCAUAUUAAAUUGUAAUGUGCCAAGAAGCAACUAUGAGCAUAAUUUUAUUCCAAUGGUAGUCUCCAAAAUCUAAUAAUCUUCAGGGCAAUGAUCCUCAGAAAAAACAAGAUGGUAUGCUAUGAAAUUACUCAUAGGUUGUAACACACGUUUCCGUCUUUCUGGAUUCAUUAAAUUUUUUUACAAAUCCA